ACAACAAUAUGUUUUAUCUAAAUUCUUCACAAUUAUUACAUUUUCUUUUAAUUUAUUUAAUUUUAAACAAUAUUUGUCAAUUAAAUGCCAAACAACGUUACAAUAAAAAUUCUUCAUUAUCCUUAAUAACGCUGCCAAUGUCCUCUCGUAGUUUAAUUCAUAAUAAUUCUAAUAAUUCUCAAGAAGUUGUAAUGGCUGCAGCCUCUAUAUCACUCGGUUAUAAUGUGAAAAAUAAAAAGAAUUUUAAUAAUAAAAUUAACAACAAUAACAAUGCCAACACCAAUAUCAAUAACAACAACAACAAUAGGGAUAAGGAUAAUAUUGUUAUAGGAUUUCUAGCGGAAUAUUCUCAAAUGCGUGUGACACUUGGUGGUCUGCCAUUGGCUGUGGAGGACAUAAAUAAAAAUCCUUUGCUUCUGCCAGGCAAACGUUUGUCAUUUAAAGCAUUCGAUAUUGGCCAUACAACAGGACUUUAUCGCGUACAACCCAUAAGAUUUAUGACUCAAAUGAAAAAUGAAAAUGUGGCUGCAUUUAUAGGACCAGAUGAGAGUUGCAUAUCAGAAGCCCUGCUGGCAGCAGCAUGGAAUAUACCCAUGAUUUCAUUUAAAUGCUCAGAUUCAAUUGUGUCUAAUAAAGAGACAUUUCACACAUUUGCUAGAACUUUGGCACCGGCUUCUAAGGUUUCGAAAAGUGUCAUAAGUCUCUUGAGUGCAUUUCACUGGCAAAAGUUCGCCAUUGUUGUGAGUUCAAAGCCGGUAUGGGGUUCUGAAGUUGCACGAGCCAUCCAGAAAUUGGCGGAGGCUGAAAAUUUUACAAUAACACAUUUUAAGGAAAUUUCCGAUUAUAUACCCACCGAAAAGACAUUAAUUAAAAUGCAAAAAAUUAUUGAUGAAACCUAUACAACGACACGCAUUUAUGUUUUUAUUGGGGAACACAUAGCGAUGGUGGAUUUUGUACGUUGCAUGCAAAAUCGUAAACUGUUGCAAGAUGGUGACUAUAUUAUUGUAUCAGUUGAUGAUGAAAUCUACGAUUCAAAAAGACGUGUAAAUAUAAUGGAGAGAAACUACUUGGAUCCGUAUAUACGUAAGGAAAAAAGUAAAUCGCUGGACAAAAAUUCAUUUCGUUCUGUUAUUAAAAUCAGCAUGUCUUAUCCGCAGAAUCCAAAUAUACGGGUGCACAUCGAUAGUAAUGGCGAUGCUGAGGGUAACUAUACAGUCAUAACAUUACAGCAUGAUAUGAACAGUGUAAAUGCUGCCAAUUCUUUGGCCAAAAUGUCUAUGCAACCCGUAGGAUAUUUUGUGUACAAUAAACAAUCUACCAUACCGGAAUUUCGUUAUAUUAAAACUGAUCGCCCCAUCCAGUGGCUCAAAGGUCGACCACCUUUAGCUGAACCAUUGUGUGGUUUUCGUGGUGAACUAUGUCGAAUGAAAAAAUUGGAUUGGCGCUAUAUAAUAUCUGCCUCGUUUUUUGGUUUAUUCCUAAUAAUAGCUGGCAUUUUUCUUAUUAAGCAUUAUCGUUAUGAACAAACAUUGGCUGGUCUCUUGUGGAAAAUUGACAUGAAAGAUGUGACCAUUAUAAAUGUGGACAAUAAUUGUGAAUAUAAUAAUUUAAAAAAUAAAAAUAUUUAUCAAAUAUGCCGUCAAAGUAUUUUAACCGGAGGCGAUACAAAUAAAAAGGCUUUUACAAAUAUAGGUUUAUAUCGUGGCAAUAUAGUGGCCAUGAAAAAAGUUUAUAAAAAGACUGUCGAUAUAACGCGUUCUAUACGCAAGGAGUUGAAACAAAUGAGAGAGAUACACCAUGAAAAUAUUAUUAAUUUCAUAGGCGUUUCCAUUGAUCAUGGCUCUGUUGUCAUAUUCACCACCUACUGUGCCCGUGGCAGUUUGGAAGAUGUUUUAGCGAAUGAUGAUUUACAUUUGGAUCAUAUGUUUGUGUCCUCAUUAGUCAGUGAUAUUUUAAAGGGCAUGAUAUAUUUACACGAUUCUGAGAUAAUUUCACAUGGUAAUUUAAGAUCCAGCAAUUGUCUAAUCGAUUCCAGAUGGGUGUGUCAAAUAGCAGAUUUUGGUUUGCAUGAAUUUAAGGCAGGUCAGGAAGAUCCGCAAAAACGAGAAAUGGAAUUGAAACGUGCUUUAUGGAAAGCGCCAGAGAUUUUAAGGGAUCCAUCGCCACCGUUGCGCGGCAGUCAAAAAGGAGAUGUGUACUCGUUUGGUAUAGUAUUGUAUGAAAUAAUUGGCCGUAAGGGACCCUGGGGUGAGACAACAUAUACGCAUGAGGAAAUAAUAACAUUUGUUAAGCAACCGGAAUUUUUACAUCAUGGUGUCUUCCGUCCAUCACUAUCACAACUCGAUAUACAGGACUAUGUGCGCCAGUGUUUGAGAUCAUGUUGGGAAGAAGAUCCAGAAUUGCGUCCCGAUAUACGAUUAGUACGCAUGAAGUUAAAAGAACUGCAGGCUGGAUUGAAACCGAACAUUUUUGACAACAUGCUUUCAAUAAUGGAAAAAUAUGCAUAUAAUUUAGAGGGAUUAGUACAGGAACGCACCACACAGCUUUACGAAGAAAAAAAGAAAACUGACAUGUUGUUAAAUCAAAUGUUGCCAAGAUCCGUUGCAGAGUCUUUAAAACGUGGCGAACCUGUUGAGGCUGAAUGCUUUGACUGUGUGACAAUAUUGUUUAGUGACAUUGUAGGUUUUACCGAAUUGUGCAGCACCAGUACUCCAUUUGAAGUGAUUGAAAUGUUAAAUGAUUUGUAUACAUGUUGUGAUUCAAUAAUUAAUAACUAUGACGUUUAUAAGGUUGAAACAAUUGGUGAUGCGUAUAUGGUCGCUUCUGGUUUACCAUUGAGAAAUGGCAAACGUCAUGUUGGAGAAAUUGCCUCGUUAGCAUUGCACUUAUUGCAAAAUGUUGCUAAUUUAAAAAUUCGCCAUAAACCAACUGAAACUCUACAAUUACGCAUUGGUGUUCAUUCUGGACCCUGUGCGGCUGGUGUUGUGGGCUUAAAGAUGCCACGAUAUUGCCUUUUUGGAGAUACUGUUAAUACAGCUUCACGUAUGGAGAGCACAGGAGAUGCAAUGAAAAUUCACAUUUCCGAAGAAACGUAUCAAUUAUUGGAAAGUUUAGGAGGAUAUCAUUGUAUAGAAAGAGGACUAAUUAACAUAAAGGGUAAAGGCGAUAUGCGUACCUAUUGGCUAAUCAGUCAAACUACCGAACAUCAACUGCAACAGAACUCUGUUGUAGUCCUUAAUGACGCAGCCCCCGACCUUAUCAGUAAUGUAGAUACAGAAAGUUUUACCUCCAGUUCGGCGGCCUUACAUCCCAUAAUGAAUCACUGUUACAUUAAGCAUCUGCAACGUGGUGGCUCCUGUUUCUCAAACACAGCUAAUCAGCAGAGUAGUCGACAACGUUACAUUAAGACGGCCUAUUGUAGUUGUGAAACUAAAUGUAUAUAUAAUCGUCGUUCAGAUGAUAAUGUAACGGUAGAUACGAUGCCACAUCGCAAACAACAAAUAGAUAAAACGAAUACAGUAUGUAAUAAUAGUUAUUUGUGUGUAUGUCGCUUAAAUUCAAGUGUUUCGCAUACAACGACCACACAUCGAGGACCACGUUCGGCACCUGUUAUAACAUUUCGUUUAUAGAGAAAUUCAACGAACUUUUUGUUAAAAAGAAAACAAACAAUAUACAAUGUUUAUAGAUAAAAACUAACACUUCUAGUAACUAAUCUUUUAACUAAGAACAACUUCACGUACUUUUAGGUGUUAAUUUAGUUUCUCUCUUUUGCUCUAUCGACGUUAGCCUUCUUUGUAAAUUCUCUUAAACAAAACAUAAUUAUUCAACUGUUAACUAUCUACUGUUAUAACUUAGUACUUAUUAUGUACAUGUAUGUACUUACUUUUAGGUCUUAUUCUUAUUCUUAAAAUAUAAGGAGUGUAUUGUGUAAAUGUCUUGUUGAAUUUCGAUAAAUGUGAAUGGUACUACUAGUGUUUUUGAACGAUUUAAAUAUAUAAAUAUUAUUAUAUAUAUAGUAUAAAUGGUUGUGAUAUUUAAUGUUCAAUUUUAUUUAUUAAAAAUUAUUUAAUUAACAUUAUUUAAUUUACAUUGUUUUUUAAACAUAUUUUCGCUCAGUAAAUUUUAAAAAUUGCCAAUUAUUGUAUUUGUAUGUACUUACACAUAUAUAUUUAGAACAAAUAUAUCAAAUAUUUACAGCGGUAUACAAACAAUUUACAAAACAAAUAUUAGUUAUAGUUUAAAUAAAAACGAAAAUAAAAGGGAAAUUGUU